AUGUGUGCAAAUGCCCUCAGGCUGGGGAACAGGCAAGAGGAGCUGGAGCUCUGUGUGCUGUCACAGAAGUGUGGCAUUGUUGGAGUAGCUGCUGAGACAUGGAGGGACAGCUUGCAUGAUGACAGAGCUGCAACUGAUGGCUACAAGUUCUUCAGGAGAGACCAGGAGGGAAGACGGUACCCCUGGGUCCUGAGGGAGCAAAUGUCCAACAGUAGUUCCCUCAACGAGUUUCUCCUCCUGGCAUUCGCAGACACACGGGAGCUGCAGCUCGUGCACUUCUCGCUCUUCCUGGGCAUCUACCUGGCUGCCCUCCUGGGCAACAGCCUCAUCAUCACAGCCAUAGUUUGCGACCCCCGCCUCCACACCCCCAUGUACUUCUUCCUCCUCAACCUCUCCCUUCUUGACCUUGGCUCCAUCUCCACCACUGUCCCCAAAUCCAUGGCCAAUUCCCUGUGGGACACCAGGGCCAUUUCCUACUCAGGAUGCGCUGCCCAGGUAUUUCUGCUUCUCUUCUUUAUGUCAGCAGAGCAUUGUCUUCUCACCAUCAUGGCCUAUGACCGCUACGUUGCCAUCUGCAGGCCUCUGCACUAUAGCACACUCAUGGGCAGCAGAGCUUGUGUCCAAAUGGCAGCAGCUGUAUGGGCCAGUGGUUUCCUCAAUGCUGUCCUGCACACUGGAAAUACAUUUUCAAUACGCCUCUGCCAAGGCAAUGCCAUGGAGCAAUUCUUCUGUGAGGUUCCCCAGAUCCUCAGGCUCUCCUGCUCAGACUCCUACCUCAGGGAGGUUGGGGUUAUUGUGCUUAAUGCCUUUUUGGGCUUUGUGUGUUUUGUUUUCAUUGUGCUGUCCUACGUGCAGAUCUUCACAGUCGUGCUGAGGAUCCCCUCUGAACAGGGCCAGCACAAAGCCUUUUCCAUGUGCCUCCCGCACCUGGCUGUGGUCUCCCUGUUUCUCAGCACUGGUAUUUUUGCGUACCUGAAGCCCCCCUCCAUCUCCUCCCCACCUCUGGAUCUGGUGGUGGCUGUUCUGUAUGCAGUGGUGCCUCCA